AUGGCCACAGUUAUUGUGUGUGUACCCCUCUCUACUCUUGGUGCCCACAGCAAUCAGGACGACUACCAGCUGGUUCGAAAGCUCGGGCGAGGCAAAUACAGUGAGGUAUUUGAGGCCAUCAACAUCACCAACAAUGAGAGGGUGGUCGUGAAAAUCCUCAAGCCAGUGAAAAAAAAGAAGAUAAAACGCGAGGUUAAGAUUCUGGAGAAUCUACGUGGUGGCACCAACAUCAUUAAUCUGGUUGACACUGUCAAGGAUCCAGUGUCAAAGACCCCUGCUCUGGUGUUUGAGUACAUCAAUAACACAGAUUUUAAGCAACUGUACCAGAUCCUGACAGACUAUGAUAUUCGGUUUUAUAUGCAUGAGCUGCUGAAGGCCCUGGAUUACUGUCACAGCAUGGGGAUCAUGCACAGGGACGUCAAACCCCACAAUGUCAUGAAAGAGCAUCACAUGUCUCUCCAGCUGGUCUUUUUCAAGAGAGCUGACUCUUGA